AUGAACACCGGACGGGCCCUCAUUCACGUCGGAGAGGGGCUUUUGACGUCGGCUGCCUCACGCUGCUCUGCUGGCGAUGUGGUCCCUCGAGUGAUGACUCCUGAGGAUAUCCCUCGAAUAGCAUGCAGAACACUGCAGAAGAUGACUACUAGCUUUGAAUGGCUCGCCCGGAGGAUAUCCUUGUCCGGUCAGAUGUCACGCUCCCAGGCGGAGGUGGCCAUUAGGAACGGCGAGGUUGUUGUCGACGGUCAAGUAGUCCGCCACAACGUGCAGGUCUCCGACCACUGCUAA